AGAAGCUUUCACAUUCUCAAAUUUAUUCUCUUUUUUUUUUUAUAUAUAUAUAGCUUUCAAAUUAUUAAAUAUUAAGUUUCAAGAAUCUCCGGCCAUGGCGGCAAACUCUACACACUAAAAACCAUGGCUUCCACUUUCACCCAUUUCUAUGGAGUUCCCUUCUUCUUCUUCUUCUUCUUCUUCUUCUUCUCUGUUUCUCUCUCAGAUCCCCGAAUAUCCCAAUCCGGAAGUAUCUGUGGAACUCUCAAGCCUCCACCUUCAUCCAGAUUUAUCCCAACCUUCAUCGAAGAAAUGGAAGCCAUAUCCGAGCUUCUCACUACUCGCUCUUGGACAACUCACUUCGUCAAUUCCACUCCACCGAUGUUCGCAUUAUCUCAAUGCUUCAACGAUCUCUCUCACACCGAUUGCCUUCUCUGCUACGCUGCCAGCCGUACCUCCCUUCCCCGUUGUCUCCCUGCCAUCUCCGCUCGGAUCUUCCUUGAUGGUUGCUUCCUCCGGUAUGAUAAUUACAGCUUCUAUAAAGAAUCCACUGAUUCGGUUAGGGAUUCGGUGAAUUGCACCUCGGAACUGGGGGAAAUCGAUCAAUCUGAGAGGUUAGUGUUCGGGGAGAAUGUUAGGGUUGUUGUUGAGACUGUGACGACGAAGGCUAUGGAGAAGGGUGGAUUUGGGAUGGGGGAAGUUAGUGGGAUGUUUGGUUUGGCGCAGUGUUGGGGGAGUGUUGAACCUGAGGGAUGCAGGGCUUGCUUGGAGAAGGCGAAGAGGAGUAUUGGGAGUUGUUUGCCGAGUAAAGAAGGAAGGGCUAUGAAUGCUGGGUGUUAUUUGAGAUAUUCAACUGUGAAAUUCUAUAAUGAUAAGGAUGAAGAUCGGGAUCAUGAUGGAUUUUCUGGAAGAAGAGCUGUAGUUACCAUUGCCUUAGCUUCAGCUGCCUCCUUGAUCAUCUUCUUUUCAGCUGUGUUUGCGUGUUAUACAAGAAUUUCAAAGUUCAAGAAAGAAAAGAAAAGGCAAUCCCUCAUUCCAGUUUCGCUUAAGGAUUCCGAUUUGAACUUCAAGUAUGAAACACUUGAAAAGGCAACUAAUUACUUCAACCUAUCAAAUAAGAUAGGCCAAGGUGGAGCUGGUUCUGUAUAUAAAGGGACUCUUCCAAAUGGGCAGAUUGUUGCUGUGAAGAGAUUGGUUUUCCAUACAAGGCAAUGGGUUGAUGAGUUCUUCAAUGAGGUGAAUUUGAUCCGCGGAAUCCAACACAAAAACCUUGUUGCUCUUUUGGGUUGCAGCAUUGAAGGGCCUGAAAGUCUGCUCGUCUACGAGUUUGUUUCGAACGGGAGCCUUGAUCAUUUCAUUUUCGAUAAGAACAAGGCUCAGAUUCUAAGCUGGAAGCAGCGUUUUAAUAUUAUAGUGGGAACAGCUGAGGGGCUUGCACAUCUUCAUGAAGGUUGUAAAAUAAGAAUAAUCCAUAGAGACAUAAAGAGUAGCAAUGUUCUACUGGAUGAAAAUUUCAACCCAAAGAUAGCGGAUUUUGGCCUCGCUCGGCAUUUUGGAGCCGAUCAGUCUCAUCUUAGCACAGGAAUUGCUGGAACACUAGGUUACAUGGCUCCUGAAUAUCUUGUUCGAGGACAACUUACAGAAAAAGCAGAUGUUUAUAGUUUCGGGGUGUUGAUACUCGAGAUAGUCUGCGGUAGAAGAAACAGUUCCUUUACUGAGAACUCCACCCCACUCCUCCAAACAGUUUGGGAUCUGUACAAAACAGAAAGAUUAACCGAAGCCAUUGACACAAGCCUGAACAAGGAUUACCCUGCAAAAGAAGCCAUGGAUAUUCUACAAAUAGGACUUUUAUGCACACAAGCUCUAGCUUCUUUGAGACCGUCAAUGGCAACGAUAGUGAAACUGUUAACAAGUGAUGUAGAACGGAAGGUUGGCAUCCCAGAACAACCUCCAUUUCUGAAUCCUUGUGGAACUUCAAAAAGGUCUUGCAGGAUUAGCAGCUUGGUAUCUCAUGCAGUUUCCAAACUUGAAGUUUCUUCUUGCACAUCAACAGAUUCAGGUUUCUCUUCUAACUUGCCUUCAAGAAGUGGAGAUUUUGCUGAACUGAAUUCAAAUUGAACUUUGAAUUCUCUUGAUAAACUAUAUACCAACACUCACAGAGACCAAUUCUUUUUGUAACAUAUCCAAAAAAAUUCCUUGGUUCGAGCUGAAGUAGCAACCUCACCCGGUUCUUAUCGAAUCAACCACAAUCUGUUUGCAUUCGUGAAGAUCCCAAGAAAACGUCUUCUACUUCUACUACACUCAGCAAUCAAAGUAUCUGUUUUUUCCCUCAAGUUCGAGCUAUGGUUUGACUGAAAUGCUCAUAGUCCAGCAGUUAAAAUAUCUACUCCUCUCGACACGUUCAUAGUCGGGUAGUUAAAGUAUAGACUCCUUUCUCGAGGUCGAAUCUACUCACUUUUACUCCUUUCUUGAGGUAAAAAUUCAUGCCUCUACAUUUUGUUGGCUCACAAAAGAAAUGGAGGGUAAGAAGAAAAAAAAGGUUACCCAAAUGAGGAACUAUGAGUAGCUCUUUAAAUUUUCUAUUUACUGAAAUUCUUUGAAGAUCAAAUCAAAAUUGUACCAUUAGUUUAUGAAAGAAGGAGACCGGUUUUUUUCCCCAACAGUUUGGGAUCAACUUGACUUCACUUGACAAUACCAAAUCCAAUUGUAAUCAAAAGUUUCAAUAUUGGAAAACUAAUGCCUUCAAACUUUGGCAUA